CACCUCGCAGAGUCCAGCCAAGCAGCCAGAGCAGCUCAGGAGCACAGAGAGAGAGAGAGAGAGAGAGAGAGAGAGACAGAGACAGAGAGAGAGGGGAAGGAAAAGUUGGCCAAAUGGAUUUCUCUGCUGGAGUCAGACCUUUAUUAUUUUCAUAUGUACUCAUUAAUGGCAUACUUAUUACUCUACAGACUAAAGAAGAGGUGCUUUUGGAUAUGAAGGCAACAGGAGGUGAACUGGGCUGGUUGACAUGGCCUUUAGAUCAGGGAGAAAAGUCCGGGUGGGAGAUCAACCAGAGGACCCUGAACGGCUCUCAGUUCUACACCUACUCCGUCUGCAAUGUUGGCGAACGUGAGCAGGACAACUGGCUGCGCACCACCUUCAUCCAGCGGCGUCCAGCGGCCUCGCGGGUUUUCGUCGAACUCCAGUUCAUCGUACGCGAUUGCAACUCUUUUGACGCCACCUCGCUGACCUGCAAGGAAACCUUCAACCUCUUCACAUCGGAGGCGGACGCGGACGUGGGCACUACCUUCCGCAAGGGCCAGUUUAAGAAAGUGGCCACCAUAGCGCCCGACGAGAUCACCGGCAAGAACGAGAUGCGCAUCAACACUGAGACGAGAGUGGUGGAGAACUUGUCUCGGAACGGCUUCUACUUGGCUUUUCAAGACAUCGGAGCGUGCGUGGCUCUCCUCUCCGCCAGGGUCUACUACAAAACCUGCCUGGCCACGGUGAAGAGCCUGGCGUCGUUCCCUGAGACCGUAGCAGGAGGGGAGAACCAGGCGCUGAGGGAAGUGAGCGGUGUGUGCGUGGACAACGCCAUCAGCGAGGAGCUGCCUCGCAUCUACUGCACCAUGGACGGGGAGUGGGUCGUACCAGUCGGACAGUGCCAAUGCAAACCGGGCUAUGAAGAAGUCAAAGAUGCGUGUCAAGAAUGUCAGCCUGGCUUCUUUAAAGCUGCAGCCUCCGGAUACAAGUGUGAGACGUGUCCUGCUAACACCCAGAAGCUGGACUCGGGGGCUUUGCUUUGUCCCUGCAUGGAUGGCUUCUACCGGGCCCCGACUGACCCCCCUGCUGGACCCUGCUCAGGCCUCCCCUCUGCCCCACGAGACCUCGUGUCCACCACCACCCAGCUCUCCGCAGGAAAACUCCUCCUCUCCUGGAGCCCGCCUGCGGACACCGGAGGUCGAACCGACAUCACCUACAGCGUCGAAUGCCAGCGCUGCGAGGGCAAUGUCUGCCAGCUCUGCGGAGAGAAAAUCCGCUACGAGCCGGCCAGCACGGGCCUGACCCACACCAAGGUGUCAGUGAGCGAGUUGGACGCUCACCUCAACUACACCUUCACCGUGGAGGCACAUAGCGGCGUCUCGGUGUUCGCUAGUCAGGCAACGCCGCGGGCUCAUAAACCGCCAUCCACCAGUGCUCUGACUACUUCGCUGCACUACACAGACCCGCCCAAGAUUACCAUGAUGCGAAUGGUUGAGAGGACCACGACCAGCUUGUCCCUCUCCUGGGACGUCUCCCCUCGACCGCGGGUCCAACCCCGGCCCAUCCGAUGUGAACUUACCUACCGCAAGAAGGAUGAUAACCUGGACGUGACAACCUACAUCGUGCUCAUUCUGGAGAAGAACUCGGUGCAGAUCAACGACCUGACCCCGGGCACGGCCUACCUGUUCAGGGUUCAGGCCCUCAGCAGCGACGGCAGCCCUGGAGGCUCCAGCAUGGAGGAACAAUUUGAGACCUCGCCUGAAGGACCCCUCACUCCAAACAACACGGCGGUCAUCUUCGGCGCAGCAAUCGGAGGAACGGCCAUGUUGUUCAUCGUGUUCGUGGUCCUGUGCCUCCGCAGACGGAGAAGAAACUCUCACUCCAGGCAAGGACCAGAGGACACCUACUUCUCCAGCUCAGAGCAACUGAAGCCUCUGAAGACCUACGUGGAUCCACACACAUACGAGGACCCCAACAUAGCCGUCUUGAAGUUUGCCACUGAAAUCCACCCCAGCCACAUAACCAAACAGAAAGUCAUUGGAGCCGGGGAGUUCGGCGAGGUGUACCGUGGCAUUCUGAAGGUGCCGGCGAGGAAAGAAGUGGCGGUGGCGAUCAAGACACUGAAGCCGGGUUACACGGAGAAGCAGAGGCAGGACUUCCUAAGCGAGGCGUCCAUCAUGGGCCAGUUCUCCCACCAGAACAUCAUUCGCUUGGAGGGGGUGGUCACCAAAUGUAAGGAUUUCUUCAAACACGCCAUGAUCGUGACCGAAUACAUGGAGAACGGAGCGCUGGACAGGUACCUUCGGGACCAUGAUGGCGAGUUUCCCUCCUUCCAGCUGGUGGGCAUGAUGCGCGGCAUCGCUGCGGGCAUGAAGUACCUCUCUGACAUGAGCUACGUCCACCGCGACCUCGCGGCCCGCAACAUCCUCGUCAACAACACGCUGGAGUGUAAAGUGUCGGACUUCGGCCUGUCCAGGGUGCUCGAGGACGAUCCUGAGGGGACGUACACCACAAGUGGAGGUAAGAUCCCCAUUCGCUGGACAGCUCCAGAGGCUAUAGCAUACAGGAAGUUCACCUCAGCUAGCGAUGUGUGGAGCUUUGGCAUCGUCAUGUGGGAGGUCAUGGCCUUUGGUGAGAGGCCUUACUGGGACAUGAGCAACCAUGAGGUGAUGAAGGCCAUCAACGAGGCCUUUAGGCUGCCGGCGCCGAUGGACUGUCCCUCAGCAGUUUACCAGUUGAUGCUGCAAUGCUGGCUCCAGGAUCGCUCCAAGAGGCCGCGCUUUGGAGACAUCGUCAACCUGCUGGACAAGCUGCUGCGGAGCCCCGAGUCCCUGAAGACCAUCGCAGAUUUUGACCCACGCGUAUCCAUCCGCCUGCCCAGCACCAGCGGCUCGGACGGGUCCCCUUUCAGGUCGGUGUCCGAGUGGCUGGAGUCCAUCAAGAUGAGUCAGUACAGCGAGAACUUCACCUGCGCCGGGGUCGUCACCAUGGACCACGUCCUGCAGAUGAAGAACGAGGAUAUUAAGAACAUCGGGGUGAGGCUGCCCGGCCAUUUGAAAAGAAUCGCAUACAGCAUCCUGGGUUUAAAGGACCAGACCAGCACCCUGAGCGUCUUUGCAGUGUGAUCCUGACAACGAAGGGAAUUAAAUCCACUGAAGCAGGCAGCCGUUUGAACUCUAAGCUGAGCUGGAGCGAAACUGCGGGCGCGGCCUUGAAUCGGCAGGACCAAGAGAACUGGGGCCGACUGAAUCAGACUGACUUACUGUACAUUUUUGAUUUCUUCAUCUUAUCCACAUGGGAAUUGAGCAAAUAUACAACACUAGAUGUAUCAAGUAGACUCUGUAUGUUUAGAUAUCUAUUUUUAUUAUCCAUGUGUACAGUUCAUUGCUCAUGCAUUUAUUUUUCCCCCUUCAUUUCGCAUUCCUGCUUCAGAAAAAUCAACAAUCAAGUCAGUUCUGGGAACAACUUUUAAAAAAAAUUGCACCCUGAGCUUGUUGCAUCCAGUAUCAAACAAACAAAGGGCAGCACAGUAAGUGUGAUAGUGUGGGAGCAGUGGAGCCCUGCCCUGGAUCAGGUUGCGGUUGGUGCCGAUGUCGCUGCGUCUCCCUUUAAUUGGCACUUUGGUCCAUUUCCUGUCAGAGGACGGAGAGUCGACAGAGCUGAAAUGAGCUUGAGCUGGCCCAAAAGUUAAAGAGACGGCGUUGCAUAUAAACACAGACGGACCUGGUGUUGUUUUUACUGGCGUUCUUCUGCUGGCUCUGUGCAGAAAUUAAGCUAUGAUCAUAUAAGUGAUGUUAUAUGAAAAAUAAGAGAGGAUAUAUAUGAGGUACUCUUUGUGUACAGAUUACCAAAAACAUUUAUAAUGUAGCACUUGGAUCAAGAAUCUCAAUGUUGUGGUUUGUCUCAGAAUUGCAGGCAAAAAGGGCGACGAUUACACACAAACUCCUGAACAAAAAGAAUGGUAAAUGGUAUCGAAGUGAGAAAUUAUAAAGCAAUCCAUCAGUUUGUAGCGUGCCGGUAAUGAAGAGGGAGAGGGUGAAGUUUGCCAAAAAUGCAAAUUGCCCCAGAAAAGAAAAGAAAAAAAGAUAUAAUGAUGAUGAGUCUUGUUGUGGUUGAGAUGAUUUCAUACUUAAUAAUAGUUUGGUUUGCAAUUUCAAUGUCUCCUUUAGUUUUGUAGAAGCCAUGAAAUAUUCAUUCAGAUUUCUGUGUGACAUGUUGACGGGAUGAGACUUUUACCAUUAAGUGCCCGACUCGUUCCAGACAUGCAAAGACAUUUUAAAGUGCCUGUUUGUGGAACAUUAGCGGGAGUUUGCUUCUGUCUUCUGUUUUGAUGGGAUGUGUAUAGCGGACAGUUUCCCCAGUGCUCUUAUUCGAUGACUGCAAAUCAUUGUGUUACUGAUGUACACCUUCUUUUACUUGAAUUUUUACUACUAUGAUUCUCUUGUAGCUGAUAGAUCCAUCUUUGGAAAAGGGAUUUUUUUUGUUGUUGUUAUUACUCUGGUUUACUGGUUGCAAUUACAUUUUGUACAUUUUGUAUGAUUUACCUUAUUACCAAGCUGAUUAUUUUUCUAAGUUCCCAUCACUCUCCAAAGCGAUGCCUCCUACCUUUUGCUGCCUUUCCAAACAUUUUGAGAGUUCCUUCAUCAAAAAAGCAAACUCCUUCCUUUUUGCCUUGUUGUUUUAUACUGUAUUUAAUAGCCUAUUUAUUUUUUACUUUUAUUUAUUUAUGCUGAAAAACACUGAGCUUGGAUUAUAAUUGAAGGUUGUGCUCUCAUUCUCAAUAAUAAUAAUUAAAAAAAAAAAAAGCUCUAAUGUCCCUUUUUUAUUCCUGAAUGAUUCAAACCUGAGGUUGCAUUUGUGGAGCAAUAAAGUCUUGAAUUGAAUUUGG